CUUGGCCGGGCCUGGCCUGACGCCGCCCUCAGGACGCGAACGUCCUUGAGCGGGUCGCCAUCCCAGGGAGCCAGCCUGUUAUCUGGUUCGGGCAGCAGCCGGUAUUGCUUUAGCCGGGGCGCCGAAGAGUGACCUUCGUGCAAGCGCGCGCUUUCGCUGCGGCGUGACGGGUCCUGCUGGAGCUGGGAGGCCAGGGCUUGGCGCUCCCCGGUGCCCAUGCUUGGAGCGCCGGUCCCCGACGCUGCCGCCCGCAUCCUGCGCCCCGCACUCGCCGCAGGGACCCGACUCUGAGGCCGUGCGGCCCCCGCAGCGCCUGGUGCUUCCUGGGCCUACGCGUCUACACUGCUCCUAGGGUGUAGAGGGUCCGGACCAAAGUGAGCUAGAACAUUUAAGCAGCUUUGCCUGUGUGCUGGACGCCGUGGAAACACUGGCCGUUGUCACCACUGUGCAAUUAAAGUAUUUGCUUUCCGGAAAAACGUGUGCUGUGUCCAGCCAGAAAGAACAACUGUAAAGCGAAAGUUCUAAGGAAAAAGGGAGUUUAUUGGUGUCUCAAAGCUAGCAUCGGCCCUCCGCAGAUCGUUGGCUUCCCAGUAUUUCAGCUGCACGAGACCAGAGCCAUGAGAGCCAGUCAGAAGGACUUUGAGGAUGCAAUGAAUCAGGUGAAACUCUUGAAGAAGGACCCAGGAAAUGAAGUGAAGCUCAAACUCUACGCACUAUAUAAGCAGGCUACUGAGGGACCUUGCAAUGUGCCUAAACCAGGUGUGUUUGACCUGGUCAAUAAGGCCAAAUGGGAUGCAUGGAGUACUCUUGGCAACCUGCCCAAGGACAGUGCCAGGCAGAACUACGUGGAUUUAGUGUCCAGUUUGAGUUCUUCACCUGAACCCUCCAGCCAGGUGGAGCCUAGAGCUGACGAGAAACCAGCUGGGUAUGAGACGUUGGUGGUGACCUCCGAAGAUGGCAUAACAAAGAUCAUGUUCAACCGGCCCACCAAGAAGAACGCCAUCAGCACUCGGAUGUAUGAAGAAAUUAUGCUUGCACUUAAAGCUGCAAGCGAGGAUAAGUCCGCCCUAACUGUUUUAACAGGUAUUGGUGACUACUACUGCAGUGGGAAUGACCUGACUAACUUCACUGACAUUCCCCCUGGUGGGGUAGAGGAGAAAGCUAAAAGCAGUCACAUCUUGCUGAGGAAUUUUGUACAGUGUUUUAUAGAUUUCCCUAAGCCUCUGAUUGCAGUGGUGAACGGUCCAGCCGUGGGAAUUUCCGUCACCCUCCUCGGGCUGUUUGAUGCUGUGUACGCAUCCGACAGGGCAACGUUCCAUACCCCAUUCAGUGCGCUAGGCCAAAGUCCAGAAGGCUGUUCCUCCUACACGUUUCCGAAGAUCAUGGGCUCAGCCAAGGCAACUGAGAUGCUUGUUUUUGGGAAGAAGUUAACAGCAGGGGAGGCAUGUGCUCAAGGACUUGUUACCGAAGUCUUUCCUGAUAGCACGUUUCAGAGAGAAGUCUGGACCAGGCUGAAAGCAUAUGCCAAGCUCCCUGCAAAUACCCUGAGAGUUUCGAAAAACAUCAUCAGAAGCAGGGAGAGAGAAAAGCUUCGUGCUGUUAACGCUGAAGAAUGCAUCACCCUGGAGGAACGGUGGCAGUCCGAGGACUGCAUGAACGCGAUCAUGAACUUCUUAUCCAGGAAAGCAAAACUGUGACGGCGACUCCUGCGAAGUUAAGCCUGUCAAAGGGGAAGGGACCUAUUUCUCUGGUUUUCCAUACCUGAACUAAAUAAACUUCAUCGUGCCUUUUUUCAGUGCAAAA